GCUGUGCUCUCGGCUGCUGCUCUGGCCGCUCCGGGCCGCGCGCCUCCGGCUUACCGCGCGGUAGCCUCCCCCGCAUCGGCGCCGUCCCUGGGCUUCCGUGCUCCGGGCGAAGCCCUGGCCGGGCGGCCGGGGCAUGGGCAGGGGCGCGGGGUAAGGCGGCUUCCCGCAGGGGCGUGAGUGCACCGGCUUCAGCAUGAAGACCCUCAUAGCCGCCUACUCCGGGGUCCUACGAGGCACUGGCUCCAGCAUCCUCUCUGCCCUCCAGGACCUCUUCUCCGUCACUUGGCUCAACAGGUCCAAGGUGGAAAAGCAGCUGCAGGUCAUCUCAGUGCUGCAGUGGGUCCUGACCUUCCUCGUGAUGGGAGUGGCCUGCAGCGUCACCCUCAUAUACACGUUCUGCACCGAUUGCUGGCUCCUCGCCGUUCUCUACUUCACCUGGCUCGUGUUUGACUGGAACACGCCCAAGAAAGGUGGCAGGAGGUCACAGUGGGUCCGAAACUGGGCUGUGUGGCGCUACUUUCGAGACUACUUUCCCAUCCAGCUGGUGAAGACGCACAACCUGCUGACCACCAGGAACUACAUCUUUGGAUACCACCCUCAUGGCAUCAUGGGCCUGGGUGCCUUCUGCAACUUUAGCACAGAGGCCACGGAAGUGAGCAAGAAGUUCCCUGGCAUAAGGCCCUACCUGGCGACGCUGGCCGGCAACUUCCGGAUACCAGUGCUGAGGGAAUACCUGAUGUCCGGAGGCAUCUGCCCUGUGAACCGGGAUACCAUAGACUACUUGCUUUCCAAGAAUGGGAGUGGCAAUGCCAUCAUCAUCGUUGUGGGGGGCGCAGCCGAGUCCCUGAGCUCCAGGCCCGGCAAGAACACGGUCACCUUGCGCAACCGCAAGGGCUUUGUGAAACUGGCCCUGCGCCACGGAGCCGACCUGGUUCCCAUCUACUCCUUCGGGGAGAAUGAGGUGUACAAGCAGGUGAUCUUUGAGGAGGGCUCCUGGGGCCGAUGGGUCCAGAAGAAGUUCCAGAAGUACAUCGGCUUUGCCCCAUGCAUUUUCCACGGCCGAGGCCUCUUCUCCUCCGACACCUGGGGGCUGAUGCCCUACCCCAAGCCCAUCACCACCGUGGUGGGUGAGCCCAUCACCAUCCCCAAGCUGGAGCACCCAACCCAGCAGGAUAUCGACCUCUACCACGCCAUGUACAUGGAGGCCCUGGUGAAGCUCUUCGACAGGCACAAGACCAAGGUCGGCCUCCCGGAGACUGAGGUCCUGGAGGUGAACUGAGCCAGCCCUCAGGGAUCAGUCCCUGGAGGAACCAGCUGCAAAUCGUUUUCUACCAAGUUCUCGAGUGCUUUUGUUCUGUAAAUUUAGAAGCGUCAUGGGUGUCUGUGGGUUAUUUAAAAGAAAUUAUAAUAAUUUUGUUAAACCAUUAUAAUGUUAGGUCUUUUUUAAGAUGGAAAAAGUGAAUAUUUCACAGUCUUUCACUUCCAGUUGUCCUGUUCUAGGUGGUGGCUAACACAUCUGGGUCCUUUAUGGUUGCUCAACCAACCCCUCUACUUCCCUUCCCAAAAAUGCAGAAAAAGCUCUGUCCUGUUAACUGGGGAAGAAGGACAGCCAUUAGUGACUCAAACCGGUUAGAUUAUUUGCUCUUUGCCCCUGGGAUGAGGGGCAGAAGCCACUGGUAAUACAAACAGCUCUAUUCGCAGCUCCCCCAGCCUUGACUGCAGGACUAGUUCCUCUUACCAAGGUGAAGACUCGGAGGGUACAGUUUUCCCAUGUUGAAGAGUGCAGGGAUGAACAGCUGGAAUGCUCCAGCUUAGUCUCUUUUCUGUCACCAACCCCGCUCCCGCCCGUCUUUCAAACCUGAGCCUGGACUGGCCUUGAGAGCAAGAAGGGGAGUGGCAGUGAUCCCGUGCUGGGGAGCAGAGCUGUCUCAGAUGCAGCAUCUUUUGGAUUAUCCAGCCGCCCCAUUCUCCUUGGAGUCACUGAUUUUCAUCAGGGGGCUGACGCCGUGGACCCAGCCCUGACUUAGCCUUGGCCUGGAUCACAUACUUCCCAGUGGCCUUGGUUUGUUUAACCCACACCCCAAGUGUGGUGUGAGGAAGAGGGUGCUCUUCCAGUGCACAGAGGGGCCUGGUCUUCUGAGCAGCAGAUUGGUUCCAGGACAGAAGGCCCCUCAACCCACGUCUCACAUAUUUGUGCCUUUCUGAGAGGGCGGGGGCCAGCCCCUCCUCAGAGUUCUGUUUUUUCUUGAUCAUUAUACAUGUCAGACGUUUGUAUAUUCCUCAAUGAAUAAAUGAAAACGAGAGUC